UUCAUUCACUCUCUUUAGUCAAAAAAUAAAAUAAAUACCUACAUAACAGUACACUCUCAUAUACAAAUUUCUCAUAAUUAGAUGCAUCCAUAAGUAGAGCUAGUUAAUGGCUACUUGUGAGAUUAAGUCACCAGAAGGUCCUCAACAAGGGACACCAUGUACUUCAAUGAGCAGAAAAAAGCUUGGAAUUUACUUCAUUGAGUCAGAAGAUAGAAGAAUGGCUUUAGGACGUGGAUACACAAGAGGUUCUACACCAGUCAAUAUUCAUGGCAAAUCCAUAGCUGUUGCUGAUCUUUCAAAAACUGGUGGUUGGAUUGCUGCCUUCUUUAUAUUUGGAAAUGAAAUGGCAGAAAGAAUGGCUUAUUUUGGACUUUCUGUUAACAUGGUAGCCUUUAUGUUCUAUGUGAUGCAUAGACCUUUUGCAAGUUCAUCCAAUGCAGUUAAUAAUUUCUUAGGGAUAUCACAAGCUUCUUCUGUUCUUGGUGGAUUUCUAGCUGAUGCAUAUCUUGGACGUUAUUGGACAAUAGCUAUCUUCACUACAAUUUACCUCGCGGGUUUAACUGGAAUAACAAUAUGUGCAACAAUGAGCAUUUUUGUUCCAAACCAAGAAAACUGUGACCAAUUGUCACUUCUAUUAGGCAACUGUGAGCCUGCAAAAUCAUGGCAAAUGACAUACCUCUACACAGUUCUAUACAUAACAGCCUUUGGAGCUGCAGGUAUAAGGCCAUGUGUAUCAUCUUUUGGAGCAGACCAAUUUGAUGAAAGAAACAAAAACUACAAAUCCCAUCUUGAUAGAUUCUUCAACUUGUUCUAUCUUUCUGUGACAAUUGGUGCAAUUAUAGCAUUCACAGCAGUGGUUUAUGUUCAAAUGAAAUUUGGUUGGGGAUCUGCUUUUGGAUCAUUGGCAAUUGCAAUGGGAAUAUCUAACAUGCUUUUCUUUGUUGGUACACCUUUGUAUAGACAUAGGUUACCAGGUGGAAGUCCUCUUACACGUGUCGCUCAAGUAUUGGUUGCCGCAUUUCGAAAGAGAAAUGAAUCAUUUGAUAAUAGUGAGGUUAUUGGGUUGUAUGAAGUUCCUGGUAGAAGAUCUGCUAUAAAGGGUUGUCAGAAAAUUGCUCAUACUGAUGAUUUCAGGUUUCUUGACAAAGCAGCUCUACAAUUGAAACAAGAUGGCACUAAUCCAAAUCCAUGGAACCUUUGCACAGUAACACAAGUAGAAGAAGUGAAGAUCCUUAUAAAACUAAUUCCAAUUCCAGCUUGCACAAUCAUGCUUAAUGUAAUCUUAACAGAAUUUCUAACACUCUCAGUUCAACAAGCAUACACAUUAAACACUCACUUAGGUCAAUUAAAACUUCCAGUUACAUGCAUGCCGGUUUUUCCGGGCCUAAGUGUAUUCCUCAUAUUAGCUCUCUAUUACCAAACUUUUGUACCACUUUUCAAACUCAUCACUGGUCAUCCACAUGGUGCAUCUCAGCUUCAAAGAAUUGGAAUCGGUUUAGCAGUUUCGAUUUUAUCAGUUGCUUGGGCCGCAAUCUUCGAAAAAUAUAGAAGAAACUAUGCAAUAAAAAAUGAAUUUGUAGCUAGUUUCUUAACUCCAAUGCCAAAUUUAAGUGCUUAUUGGUUAUUGAUUCAAUAUUGCUUAAUUGGUGUAGCUGAAGUUUUUUGCAUUGUUGGUUUAUUGGAAUUUUUAUAUGAAGAAGCACCUGAUGCUAUGAAGAGUAUUGGUUCUGCUUAUGCUGCUUUAGCUGGUGGAUUAGGUUGUUUUAUUGCAACAUUUAUAAAUAGUGUUGUUAAAUCUAUCACUGGAAAUUCAGCUAAAAGACAAGAAUCUUGGUUGUCACAAAACAUCAACACUGGCAAGUUUGAUUAUUUUUAUUGGCUUCUUACUAUUUUGAGCUUAAUCAAUUUUUGUGUCUUCUUAUAUUCAGCACAUAGAUACAAAUACAGGACACAACAUGUUUAUGAGAUGGAAAACAAAGAGAGCUCCACAGCAGUUUCUAGCUAGUUUAAAUAUAUGGAAUUAUAUAUCUAAGUAUAUGCAUAUUGUAUUAGUCCUCUAAAGUGAGAGGGUCUAUUUAAUUUAAUGUGGAAUUACAAUUGUUGAUUGAAAAGUUAAUGAUUUAUGUAGUUUAUUUUAAUGAAUUUUAUCUUUCAAAAAUUAAUUUUUAUUUUUA